CAACUUUCCCUCCUCUCUCUCUCUCUCUCUCCACAGGAAGUUAUUGCUCAAGUCUAAAGGCAGCUCAUCUGAACCAAAGCAGAGGUGUGACAGAGAGGAGGAACAAGAUACAGGUGAAUCAGCGGCACCAUCACGGUGUCGACAUCCCAGUCGAGCGGAGUUCAAGUUCCUGCACGUUAAAACAGAUCUGAAGAUUCCCACAGCAGCUAUGACUCAAAGCAACGGGGAGAACCCACAAAGGGCUCGCAGCGGUCUCCAUCAGAUCCGAGCCGGGAUCCAGUCCCGAUCGCUGCUGGCCAAGAAGAGAGUGGAGAACAUCACGAAGGAUGACGUGAAGGGAUUCUUUGUUCGAAAUGCCUUUGUGAUCCUUACCAUUGCUGCUGUCAUUAUUGGUAUAAUCCUGGGAUUUGCCCUGCGGCCGUAUAAAAUGUCGUACCGUGAAGUGAAGUUCUUCUCCUUCCCCGGGGAGCUGCUGAUGAGAAUGCUUCAGAUGCUGGUGCUGCCCCUGCUGGUUUCCAGUCUCAUCACAGGUAUGGCUUCUCUGGACAGCCGUGCUUCUGGUAAAAUGGGAAUGAGGGCCGUGGUUUACUACACCACCACGACCGUCAUCGCUGUGUUCAUUGGUAUUGUCAUGGUGCUCAUUAUUCACCCUGGAAAAGGAUCAAAGGAUGAGUUCAGCAAGCCGCAGCAGAUAGAGCAGGUCAGCGCUGCUGAUGCCUUUCUGGAUCUUAUCAGAAACAUGUUUCCUCCUAACCUUGUGGAAGCUUGCACCAAACAGUUCAAGACACAGUAUGCCAAGAGAGUAGUCCAAGUGACGAUGACAGUGAACGACACAAUAUUCGCACCCAAUGGCAGCCAGACAGUAGCCCGAGAGGAGAUGAUCCCAGUGCCAGGAGCAGUGAAUGGAAUCAAUGCUCUCGGCCUGGUAGUGUUCUCCAUAUGCUUUGGUCUGAUCAUCGGGAGCAUGCGGGAACAGGGGCAACCCCUGAAGGACUUCUUUGAUUCGCUCAACGAAGCCGUGAUGAGGCUAGUUGCCAUAAUAAUGUGGUACGCCCCCGUUGGUAUCUUGUUCCUGAUUGCUGGCAAAAUUGUGGAGAUGGAUGACAUUACAUCCAUGGGCAGCCAGCUGGCGAUGUAUACAGUGACAGUCAUUUGUGGCCUGCUCAUCCACGCCGUCUUGGUUCUGCCAACACUCUACUUCAUCGUCACCAGAAAGAACCCCUUUGUCUUCAUCGCUGGGCUGUUGCAGGCUCUCAUCACUGCCCUCGGAACCUCCUCUAGUUCCGCCACAUUGCCCAUCACAUUCAAAUGCCUGGAGGAAAACAACAAGGUGGACAAACGUGUGACGCGUUUUGUACUCCCAGUCGGUGCCACCAUAAACAUGGAUGGCACAGCUCUAUACGAAGCCCUGGCAGCCAUCUUUAUUGCGCAGGUCAAUGAUUAUGACCUUAACUUUGGGCAGAUUCUAACCAUCAGUAUCACAGCCACAGCAGCCAGCAUCGGAGCAGCUGGAAUCCCUCAGGCAGGCCUGGUCACCAUGGUGAUAGUGCUAACGUCUGUAGGCCUUCCCACGGAUGACAUCACGCUGAUCAUUGCUGUUGAUUGGUUCCUGGAUCGAUUGCGCACCACCACUAACGUCCUCGGAGACUCCAUCGGUGCAGGUAUUGUGGAACACCUGUCUCGCCACGAAUUGCAGAGAAAGGACCCUGAAGUGGGCAACUCAGUGGUGGAGGAGGCAGACAAGAAACCAUACCAGCUCAUCUGCCAGGAGAAUGAAUACGAGAAUGAGCGGCCCGCUGACAGCGAGACCAAGAUGUAGGGGCGAGAUUUUGGUUCAAGGCUGCAUACUUCAAAAAAAAUAAUUGCACUGCAUUGAACCAAACUGGCAACUAAACUCUUUUGAAUUUUCAAACCUCCUUCUUACAAGGUUGGAGGAUUUAAAUUAAAUUGAUCUACAGCUAGAAAAUAUUUCAGCCAAGUAAGUUCCACUAAUGUGUGAGGCUUCCCUCGCACACUGCAGACUUGAAAUGAUUCAUUGGUUGCCUUGUUUUGUGAAGGGUUUGUGCUAUGAUGCUUCCUAAGCACUAUAUGUGAAUGCCAUCGGGUGGCAGCUGUUUACGAUUAAGAAUGAAUCCAACUCCCUUCAGAACUGUGAUGACUAAUCUCACCCACUAGAGGCCAGUAUUGCUGGGAGUCUUAACACUACAGCAGAAUACAGCCUAACACUUGCACAAACUCUUUCUGGCUUUAAAGUUCAUUGUUUUGUUCGGUUUUAGUGGUGUUUUAUAUGAAAAAAAAAUGUAAGUGAAGUGGUAGUAAAUAUCUGUCUGGAGUGUUGGAAAUCAUGCACAUAGUAUGGGGGACCAACUUCUUUGGGGGAAAAGGGCUAUUACAAACUUCUGUACAGACAUCUGUGGCUUUAUUUUUUAUGAUUUGCUGUACAGAUUUCACCUGAAUGAAUGAAUGAAAUUAUUUACCUUAAUUCACACAUGCUUUUACUCUCCAAAGCAGCAAGUGCUAUUGCUAGAUAUACAAAGCCGGCUUUCCAACUAUACAAAUUUU